AUUAUCGUCGUAGCGGUGGUUGUGGUUGUCGUUGAUUCAUUUGUGUUUCUUUGGCAUGUGAAAUGGUUCGAAGCGCCGGUUAUUCGGAAAAGCUCAAAGAUCAAUGGGAAGAGGAAGAAGAAGACAAGAUACAUAACAAUAACAAUAAUCAUAAAGGGAUGUCAGGUAAUUGGACAACUAUUUCCAAGAGAUCAGUGGCGAGAAGGAACGGAAAAGGUGGCAGAGAGAGGUGGAGUGGUGGCGGCAACCGGGAACCGGAUGGGAAGCACAAGAGCUUCACCCCACAGGAAGAGGAACUCGUCAUUCAGCUACACGCAGCUAUCGGUAGCCGAUGGCCUAUAAUAGCGCAACAAUUGCCAGGAAGAACAGAAAAUGACGUGAAAACUCUAUGGAACAGUAAAUUACGAAAAAAGCUAUCGGCAAUGGGGAUCGAUCCCGUGACCCACAAGCCAUUUUCUCAAAUCCUCGCCGAUUACGGCAGUAUCGGGGCUUUUCCGAAGGCCCGGACCCGCUUCGCCUCGCUUUCUCGGGACUUAAAGAACGCGACUCUAAUGCGGCAGUCAAACACGUACCAAUUCUCGCCAUUGGACAACGCCGAGUCAGAACAAGCGCCGGAGCCGAUGGAUCAACACUAUUCCCUCGACCUCUACUCUCAAUUACGAGCCGUAAAUCUAGUUGCGGACGCUUCGAACCCCGCCAAGAACGAGCAAAUUGCGCAAUGUUAUUACAUGCCCGAAUGUGGGCUUCCGGCCGAUAUAUCGGGGCCCGGGUUUAGUUGGAGCGACUUUCUUCUAGAAGACGAGUUUUUACCUGUGCCCGUGCACGAGAAUAUGGCCCCCGGGGAUAAGGGGGCCGUGGUUGUCGAAUGUGACGGGAUUACUGAGCAGAGUUAUGUUCCCGUUGGCGUGGUGGAGAGAGAAAAUUAUGAGGAUACUGGUUCGGAUAUUUUGAAUAAUGGGUUCGAGCUCGGUUCGUGUUCGGAAAGUUCGUCUUUUGUGGAGGCUAUGUUGGAGAGCCAAGAUGAGAUGUUUGCUCAACUAUCUGGAUUCUUUGGAGAACCAUUUUACUAUUGA